CUGACAGCUGCUAAACUAAUUUGUUUCCAAUCCGGCUAUUUUCUAUUUAUCUACAGUCUACAAUCAAUAAAAACAAAGCUACUUGAAGAAAACUAUAGCAAUCUACUAAUCGUAUGCAAAAAAUGGCGACUUGCCUCACAAAACAGCAAUUGGAGCAACAGAAAUUGUUGGAGCAACUGAAUGGUAGCGACAACGACGAGGAUGAAGAGCUGGAGGAAGCCGUCGAAGAUACAUUUUCCUUCUCGUGCAGCACUGCCUGCUGGGUUUGCAAUGGAUACUACGGCCCGAACUUUGAUGAGCCGCUAUGCGGCACCUGUCACGCUUUUCUGUACAAUACACAAGCUGCCGAAGAGUUGGAAACCACAAUUUCAGAUGAUGAAGAUUCAGGUAAUGAUGAGCCACCUUUCAAAGAUAAACAAGAAGUAGAUGAAGAUGACGACGUCGACGACGAUGAUGACGAUGUUGAUGACGUGGUCGAAGAUGAAGUCGAUGAUGAGGAGGGUGUUGGCAUGUUAGAGGCCGAAAUAGGAAAUGCACCUGUUAUGGCAGCACAAGAAAUGCAAGUUGAUCAUGUGCCUCCAUUAAUUGCAGAAGUAGAACAGCCGCGCCGUUCGCUAGAGCGCGAAGGCGAACGUGGAAAUGUUGCAUUGUUACCUAUACAACGACCACGUCCACUAGCACCACGUUCAUUGCCUGAUUUCUUAGAGUUGCUAUGUGAAGGGCGUGCGAAUGCACGUGAAGCAAUCGCACCCGUCGCGCCGCCAAAUAACAUCCUAAUGUUGCCCGUUGAAAUCAUGGUCAUUAUUUUCUCCCACUUGGACGAUAUGUCGAUGUGGAAGGCGAGUGAAGUGUGCAAGCAAUGGCGUAGCAUAUUAGAACAAAACACAUCCCAAUUGAUGUGGAUGCGUUAUUUGAAAGAGCGCUGGCCUCUCUUUCAGUGCAUCGUUGAUGUACCGAAUUGGCUCAAAUUGUAUAGCGCAUUGAUGAAUUCCUGCUUUUGCCGAACUUGUUUGCUGCAGAUGGCUUUGAAGUCGCCACCGCGUGCACGCCAAAAUGCGAUACGAAUGAAUUUCUUGCGUAACGAUGCACAUCAAUUGAAUAGCCAUGCAACGGAGGGCAUAGAUGCGAUACCCUUAGACAAGCAAAACACCUAUUGGCAGGCGAGCAUUUUGGGACCUGCCGGCAGUCCAUACGAAGGUGGCAAGUUCUUCCUUUAUAUCUUUUUUCCAGAACGCUAUCCAAUGAUUCCACCGACUGUACGCUUUUUGACAAAGAUUCUUCAUCCGAAUGUGUCACGCCAUGGUGAUGUGGGUAUCGAUAUUUUCCAGCAUAACUGGUCCUUAGCAUUGAACGUCUCGAAAAUCUUGUUGUCGGUGCAAAGUUUGCUCACAGAUCCAUAUACAGAGAUAUGCAUGGAACCCGAAUUAGGUUAUAUGUAUGAGCACAACCGUGCCCGUUUUGAGAACUUGGCACGUUCUUGGACCUGGAAGUAUGCCAUGUUCGAGUUGAUGCCGCCCUCCUAGGCGCACGUAUGCACAUACACAAGAAAAUAAAAAGAGUUACUUUGAAAACCAAGUGAACAAAUCGCUUUUUAGAAAGCAUUUACGAAUUAUUUAUUUAUUUAUCUUGAGCACAAAUAAUUGUUUUUAAUUUAAUUUAUUUAUUUAUGUAA